AUGCUAAACAGUGGUGUAAUUUCUGAGAGUUCUAGCCCUUGGGCUGCCCCAGUCGUGCUGGUCAGGAAAAAGGAUGGAAAUUGGCGAUUUUGUGUAGAUUACAGAAAAUUGAAUUCUGUCACUCUUAAGGAUGCUUUUCCCAUGCCCAGGAUUGAAGAGACCUUGACUACCUUAACCCAAGCACAGUGGUUUAGCACUCUUGACCUGGCUAGUGGCUAUUGGCAGGUGGGUGUACAUCCAGAUGAUCAACCAAAGACUGCAUUUGCUACACCAUUAGGAUUAUUCCAGUUCCGUAGGAUGCCUUUUGGAUUGUGCAACGCGCCAGCUACUUUCCAGAGACUAAUGCAGUAUUGCCUGAGAGGCCAAGUAGCUGAAUUUCUGUUUGUUUAUUUAGAUGAUAUAAUUGUGUAUUCCGCGGACUUCUCUCUGCAUUUACAGCACCUGGAACAAGUGUUUGAACGCCUCAGUUGGUAUGGAUUGAAGCUGAGGCCAGACAAGUGCAACCUGCUCCAGAAGCAAGUUAAGUUCCUGGGACAUGUGGUGGAUGGGUGCGGUGUACGUCCCGACCCGGAGAAAAUUGCUGCUGUCCAAGAGUGGGCUGUUCCUACAACCAUCAAGGAGGUGAGGGCAUUUUUGGGACUUGCUGGCUAUUAUAGACGCUUCAUUGAUGGGUUUGCUAAGCUGGCACGGCCGUUGAAUUCACUGUUGACUGCUAAGCUGGGGGCCACUGAGCAAUGGUGGGUAGCCCAAUUGGCCAGCUUUGAUUUUGAGGUGAAGUACCGGGCGGGUCGUGAAAAUGGAAAUGCUGACGCACUAUCUAGAUUCCCUUGUGUCAAGGUUCCCCCAAGUGUGGGGGUGAUGGCAGCUGAACUGCAGGAGGCCUCUGGCGAAACAGAGAUGCCCGUGGAAGCUGUGGACUGGCAGCAUGCCCAGGAGCAGGAUGAUGGUGUGCGUAUCUUGAAAUGGUAUGUAGAACAAGGAGUUUUCCCCACGGCUGCUGAGAGGAAGGCUCUGCCAAGAGUGUCACAACAGUUGCUCCACCAGAGACAAAAGUUGCAAAGUAAGGAUGGACUCUUGUACAGGAUUGUUAUUGACCCCUUCACUAAUGAGCCCUAUUCCCAGAUUGUCUGCCCAGUACGGUGGUGGAAAGAGGUUUGGUUGCGGUACCAUGAGGCUGCUUCGCAUAAGGCGGCACUUCUAUUGGCCCCAAAUGGAGGAAGAGUGAAUGAAAUGGAGGUGGUGGUGUGGCUGUGUUUCGCUCCUCUGCUCUGGUUUCUUGGUAAAUGCCACGGGCAAACUCAGUUCAUUUACAAGGAUAGUUAUGAAUCAGAGAUUUCCUGUGAAGGAAACAAAUGGAAAGUGAGCACAAAGAGUAACAAGAUUGACCCGAAGCGCCUGGUACAGUGUGACCGCAUCCGGAUUGACCUUGAUGUUGAUGAUAACCUGGAAUUUUGCAGUAAUAAACCUCCACAGUCAAAGUGUGUUUGUAUUCUAGUAGUAAAGAGUGGAUUUGUUGCCUGUGUUAAAUCUCUGGAUUCUGGACUCCUUUUUCCAUUCAAACCGUCUCCCAACGUCGUCUCUUCCUACAUAGUCGCUGCUCCAAACCCACUCAUAACAUCCACACCUGAGGAAACAUCUUCACUGACAGUACCUGAAGGUGGAUCAGUGAGUUUAAACUGUAGUUUCACCUUCAGACAAGAAUAUAAUGGGGUGCCAUUCGUUGUUUACUGGAUUAAGACUGUUGGAAAGAGCAGCACCUGUGUGUAUUCUUACGAUUAUUCCAAGCAUCGUUCACCUCAGUACGGUCACCACUGCGCUGUGCAAAAAGAUCUGCUUAACAGACUCUCAAACCAAACCAAAGGACAGAACAGUCACAACAUCAGGAUCAGUGAAGUGAUGGAGUCAGACAGCGGUCAGUACCUCUGUGCUGUACAAGUGGACCCAAUUAAUAAAAACACUGCUAAAGGAAACUGGAAGGUGAUAAAAAGAGUUACAGUCAGAGUCCACAAAGACAAGAGACCACAGCCAACCAGGACCACCGUGACUCAGACAACUACUGAGGAGACAACAAAGAAAACUACUGAGAAAACAACAAAGAAAGCUACUGAGAACGGUAGUGGUGUUCACCCUCUCAUGCCUCUGUUUACUUCAUGGCCCAUAUGUUUGUGUCUUCUGCUUUCUGUUUGGAUCGCAUUCGCACUCAUAAGGAAAAAGGCCAGCACUGCACGAGGUGACCCUCCAGAUCUCAGGCUGUGCCGUUACAAAGCCUCCAAAGUGGAGAAGCAGCUCCUGAUACUGAUGGUUCUCCGUAUGCUGUGGGACGUGGUGAGGAUCCAUGAGGAAUUCUACCAAGAAGAUCCAGACCAUGAAGAAUCCACAACAUCUGUUGAUCUUCAUGCAGCUGCCAGGCUGAAUGAUGGAUCUGGAGCAUCAGAGGACACCAAACAUAUUCAUGAUGAAGAUUAUCUGCUGUUUUUAAAGGGGUGAAUUGUGACAACAGUGUUCAUGUAUAUUAAAUAGUCACACCUUUUGAUGAGGAAUCAUCAAGAAAUGUUCAGGAAUGUUCACUAAUCCGUUUUCUGUAAAGCUGCUUUGUGACAAUUCCGGCUGUAAAAAGCGUUAUAUAAAUAAACUUUGACUUGA